AUGGUCGGAUCCACGGCGAAUCCAGGAGAAGCAACGGCAUCUCAAGCGCCGCCAGAUGUUAGGCAAGCAGACGUUGUUAGCCCCACGACCUACGAUCCCUUUGUAACACAACGGACAUGCAAGGCCAUACGUUCUCAGAUUACGAGAACGUGUAGAAAGAUCACGAACAUCAUUCAAGCAGAAGGCUCUAGAGGAGCUAUACAAGGCUUAGUCAACCAUGCCAAGUCCCUGCUGGACACCGCGUGCAAGCUUCAGCAGCAGUUGAUCGACGUGGUGGACGACGCCACGGUCGACAAGCAACACGAUAUCCACCUGAACUACGCAGGAUACGCCUACAGAAGCAUUUUUGCCGAUGCCCAGCUCCAGCACGUUCACGUCCUAACCCUUCCCAGCAAGAGAGCAGUUCCUCCGAUGAAGCAGAUGCAGCCAGAGAAGCGCUUCAACAACUUGAGUUGGCCAGAAGGAAUACUACGACACCGGACAACGAACAAGGAGAGUCCAGAGUCCGUAGGUGGGUUGAAGGACACCAGCUAUGCAGACAGGAAGAUUCAGCCCCAUUACCGGGACGGCCGAUUGUACACCACCCGACGAGAGUUUUCUGGCGCGUCCUCUUCCAUCAGAGCUGAGUUGGGAGAGUUCAAUGGAAAGGCGUUGGAGUGGUUUAGUUGGAUAGACCUCUUUCGCGCCCUGGUGCACGAUACCCCGAAGGCCCCGGCAGAAAAGUUGGCGAUACUACAGAGGCAUCUGCGAGGCGACGUGUUGGACGUGGUCUAUGGACUCGGAGGAGGUGAAUCUGCAUAUGCCGAAGCGUUGGGUCGUUUAAAGGAGAACUACGGAAGAAGAGACGUCAUGCGCGCUGCCUUGAUGCAAGCACUGGAGAAACUCAGCAUUUACAAGCAGGAUCCUAGCUCCUUCCGAAGAUUUGCUGAGAAGACCCGUACCUUCCUUUACGACUUGUCCAGAAUUGGAGAAUCCGCGACGGCGGACGUGAUCGAACGUUUAUGUCUGAAGUUGCCCUUUGCCGACCGGUUGGCAUGGAACACCGAUCGGGGAGGUGAUCUGGAACGACGUUCUCUGAAUGAGUUUGGCAAUUGGCUAUGUCAGAGAGCUAUGGCUUAUCAAAACGCUUAUACCAUAGCAGAAGAACAGUCACAAGAGUCUCAACCACGACCGAAGGAGAGGUAUUCCACAAGAUCGCAUGCGGCCAAUGCUGACAGUAAUCGAAAUCUGAGCGGUGGGAAAGCAGCCACACCCUUCUAUUGUUUCAAAUGCGAAGGCCGACAUCCGAUGGAAACCUGUGCCCAGUUUAAGGAGCUGACCAGUAAAGACAGGCUGCUCUUUUGUAUGCGGCACAAAUUAUGCUUCAACUGCUUCGGGACAAAUCAUACAUCACGAGAAUGUAAGAUCAAGAAACAUUGCAACGUCACUGGGUGUAAGCACUGGCAUCACGUUCUUUUACACGAUGUGAACGUUAAACCAGAGAACGGCUCCAAUUCGGCGACUGCCCGGUGCAACGCGACGCAAAUCAAGACAGCAGUGGGGAUGGUCCAAGCGCAAGUGUACGACGUCGACGGGAAUAUCGUCCUAGCCAAUGUUUUCCUGGAUGAAGGGAGCGACAGCACUCUCUUCCGAGAAGGUUUCAUCCGGAAGCUGAGAUUAGAUGGGACACCACACACGCUCUCAGUCGACGGUGCCGGAGGCGUGAGAAGUAAAUAUGCAUCCAGACGUGUACAAGUACGACUCCGUUUGUUCGAUGGAGAAGAAGAAACACUGAAGGGUUCUACCCUACCUACAGUGGCGAGUCCAGCUCCGGUGCUGGAAUGGAGUGCACUGAAAAAGAGGUGGAAACAUCUCCAAGACCUUCCGUUGCAGCCAAGCGGAGGGAGAGUGGAUAUUCUGUUGGGGAGUGAUCAAGCUCACUUCACGACUGCCCUGGAAUCCCGAAUCGGCAAGAAGUUAGAGCCAACUGCAAUACUUACACGGUUGGGUUGGAUCGUACGUGGAGUCCUCGGAAGUAGACUCCUGGAAGCAGUAGUUAAGAGCCAUGCCAUUUUCGCAGCAGACGAGGACGUAGACGUUCUAGUUCAGCAGAUGAAACGAUUCUGUGACAGUGAAGAAUUCGGCACCGAACACCAGAUUCCCGGCAUGUCCGAGUCGGAGAAACAAGCAGUGCAGAUACUGGAGGCAGGCACCCGAAGAUUCGACGUGGGAUACGAGGUCCCUAUUACGUGGAAAACCGGGGAGCCUUACCUUUCGAAUAACCGAAGUCUGGCAGAGAAAAAAAUGAAAUCUCUGCUACGCCGAUUCUACGAAGACCCCAUAUUUGAAGAAGACUAUCGCCAGUCGAUGGAGAAGAAUUUUAAGAUGGGAUAUGCGGUCUACGUCGAAGAUCCAUCCGAUAGUCCGCCGGAAUAUUACCUAGCUCAUCACGGAGUGAAAAAGGGUAAAAAAUGGCGAGUCGUUUUCGACGCCGCAGCAAAAUUCAAUGGAAGAUGUUUGAACGACAGCAUCCACAGUGGUCCAGCACUACAGAAUUCGUUAACGUCCGUCAUCAUCAAAUUUCGUGAGGGAGAAAUCGCUUGGGCAUCCGACGUAGAGGCGAUGUUCAGUCGCAUCCGUCUUAGGACCGAAGACUCACGUUAUUUUCGUUUUCUGUGGAACCAAAGAGGGGAGACGGAAUCGCGAGUAUGUGAGAUGCGGAGACUACCGUUUGGGGCCACCUGUUCCCAUUUAUUGCAAUCGCCACUACUCGAAGAGCAGCAGCUGAUUUUGCCGGACCCUCCGAAGACAAUCCACCUUGCCAUUCAAGAAGCGACUGGAGUUCAAGAGGCGUUGGCGGCGGGUGAUCUACAUCUCCAAGGAUGGAUCUCAAAUUCCGUUGAGUUCUUGAACCUGCUGUCCGUCGAUGUCAAAGCUAGUCUCGUUGAAGAACGUUCCCUUGACGGAGAUCAUGAAGAAAAGGUGCUUGGGGUUUACUGGAAUCCUACUACCGACGUGCUCACUUUUAAAGUGAGUGGCUUAGAUACGGUGGUCUUUACGCGAGUUGGAUUAGCCAGCAAGACGGCGAGCUUAUUCGAUCCGCAGGGGAUGGCCGCUCCCAUGACACUAAAGGCGAAGGUGAAACUCCAAGAGCUUCAGAUCCAAGGGCUUCAAUGGACCGACGAGGUGACCGGAGAGGCAGAGCAGUGGUGGAAGAAAUGGUUCGAGACAUUGAAGCAGCUCAACGACUUAGAGAUUCCACGUUGUCUAUUCGAGAGGGAAGAUUUCAUCGUUCGGACGGAGUUGCACAGUUUCGGAGACGCUUCAGAAGAGGCGUACGCUGCAGUGGUUUACCUGAGAAACGUGUACGUCGAUGGAACGGUGUUAGUCCGACAUGUACGAGCGUCGACGAAGCUGGCUCCGAAAAAGACGAUUUCCAUCCCUAAACUCGAAUUGAACGCAGCCUUGCUGGCGGCUAGAUUGGUGCGUACCGUACAAAUGGCUCUAACUCGUACCAUUCACGCACGUUAUUUGUGGACGGACAGCAGUGCCGUUCGAAACUGGAUCAGAGCAACUGCAUCCAAAUACCAAGUGUACGUCAGUCACCGUAUAGGCGAGAUUCAAACGUUGACAGAGCCACAGGAGUGGAGGUUUCUGCCAGGUAAGAUUAAUCCGGCAGACGUUGCGACCCGUUCCACGCUCGGAGAAGAGAUCUUUCCGUCUUACUGGUGGUGUGGCGUAGAAUUCCUACAACAUCCCGAAGAUCGUUGGCCAGCUGAUCUGCCCUGGAUGGUGGAGGUUGAAGAGAUUCGGCCGGUUCGUGCUAACGUGGUCCAGUGCGAAUCGUCGGCGCUGGACUGGGAGAAGAUGAAGAUUACAGUUGAGGAGAUCCCAGCGUUGGUGAAGCUGCAAGACCCCUUCCUCGAACUUGUACGACGGUGUCAAGAGGAGGUGUAUUCUGCAGAGCUUAGUUGUCUACAGAAGGGAAAGUGGAUCCCUUCCACCUCAAGUCUGUUAACGUUAUCACCGAUACUCGGAAAGGACGGAUUAAUUCGGCUAGGGGGUAGAGCUGGACGCGCUCAACUGCCUUACGAAGAAAUUCAUCCUCCUGUACUCCCAGCAGGACAUAAGUUUACCGUGAACGUUGUUAGGGCUUUCCACUUGAUGCUCAAACACGUCGGGACUGACUACCAAAUUAGUUUCAUUAGACAACACUUUUGGAUUCCCCGUGGUCGGGAAUUAGUCAAGAAGGUUCGUCGGGAAUGCACCGUUUGUCGAAGAGAGCGAGCCAAACCGGGUGAGCAGCUCAUGGCGGAACUUCACAGAUCACGUUUGGAAGCAGGAACCCCGCCUUUCACCCGAACAGCUUGCGAUCUCUUCGGUCCACUGGACGUAGGCCUGUCUAGAAAUAGAACCGCCAAAAGAUGGGGAGUUCUAUUUACGUGCCUGGUAACCCGCGCCGUUUAUUUGGAAUUGGUGACGUCUUUAUCUUCAGAUGAUUUCCUCCUCAUCUUACGUCGAUUCAUUGGUCUGUAUGGUCAACCCGGAGUUUUCCAUACUGACAACGGGACCAAUUUCGUAGGAGCAGAACGUGAACUGAGAGAAGCAGCUGAAGCCCUAUUCGCCGAUCCAAAGUUAGCAGAUUUCAUCCGGAGCAAGCCGAUGGAAUGGAAAUUCCAACCUCCCAGAACGCCACACUUCGGCGGGGCUCACGAAUCCCUCGUUAAGUCGACUAAAAGGGCACUCUACCGAGCGUUAGAUGCAGAGAAAUUGAACUUGCAGUAUCCGUCUGAAGAAACGUUACGUACUUUAUUAUACGAAGUAUCCGGCUUAUUGAAUGGGCGACCGCUGACAGCCGCGAGCAAUGAUCCAGCCGAUUUCCGACCGUUAACUCCGGCCGACUUUCUGAACCGGGUCAACACGGCGUGCCCACCCGUCGGCCACUUUGAGGACGCCCUACCUCUAGAGAUAUACAGAUACUUGCAACGUGUACUCAAUCUGUUUUGGGACAUUUGGAAGAAAGUUUAUUGGCAGUCUUUGGUUUCCCGUUCCAAAUGGAAGAACCCGAAACCUAAUUUUGCUGUUGGAGAUGUGGUACUCGAAAUCGACAGCUCUUUGAGAAGAAGCCAGUGGAAUCUUGGAAGGGUUACGAAAACCUAUCCCGGAGCUGACGGAUUAGUUCGUGUCGUGGACGUUCAAUUUGAGAGAGGCCUAUUUCGACGAGGAAUUGGACAGCUAGCUCUGCUGGAGACCGGCUCAUCCACUGGAUCGCCCUAA